GGAGUCAGCCGUCCUCGCCAACACACGGGCUGCGCAACAAAGCAAAACACACGAAUCUGCCAUGUUACACGAAGAUAAACCCUUCUAUACAAAGGAUAAUUUCAGACAGAAUGACUGCCUUGUGUGUGAUGAAACAUUUAUGUCAAGCAACCAGAAAUGAGAACAGAUACGCAAAAAGGUUCUUUGGUACUCUUCUAACACAGACACCACAGAAGUGGUCCUUUUUUCCGUUCUGGAUAGCGGGACCUGACCCUAGAAUGUCAACUGUGUUUGCACUUACUCAGCCAUUUUGUACAGCUGAAAAAUCUCAGACAGAACCAAAAAGGAAUACAGCGUUUGGAAGUGUUGGGAGAAGAAUUCCCUAUCGUAUUGUGCAUGUAAUCAACCAGGAUGGAGAGAGCUUAGGAAACAUGCACCGAGCAGAUGCACUCAAACUUAUGGAUCAACAUAACCUGAAACUAGUUCUCCUUAAAGAGAAUGUAGAACCUCCAGUGUACAGACUAAUGACUGGGCAGCAGAUCCAUGAAGAACAGCUUAGACGUGCAGAGAAGAAAAAAGCAAGUCCAAAACCAGGGGUGGUUCAGAAGGAGUUAUCCUUUUCUUCAGCUAUUGCCAAAAACGACUUAGAGACCAAGGUGAAACAGAUAGGACAGUGGAUUGACAAGAAAUACCAUGUUAAAGUUACCAUCCGGCAAGCAAAAGGUAGCAGUACGGACAUGUCCAUGCUUUUUGAUCAAAUUUUGGAGACUGUAUCUGAGAAAGCCACUUAUCUUUCCAAGCCAAAAGUUACUAGAGAAGGAGUGAGUGCCUGUAUUUUGCGACACAUGUCUGACAAAGAGUUGAAAGCACACCAGAAGAUGGAAAAACAGAAAAACAGUACAGUAAAGAAAGAUGAAAAUGAAGAUCUGAAGUCAAAUGAGUUGCAUCAGUGACUUUAUGAAGCGGUAUAAACAAUACUAAUUUAUUAAAAAAUAAAAUAAAAAUAUGAACUUCAUAAA